UUUCCGGUCUUCCCCUACCCUCCGCUCUCCUCCACCCGCCACCCGCAGCAUUUCUCCCACCUCCGCGCGGCCGUACCCUGUUCUGGGUUGCUAGGGUUCACCGCUGCUGCCGGCGACCGCCGCCGCCCGCCGGACAGACAGCGCGCUUCGCCUUCGCGGGCUCUCGCUGCCGCUCUCGCGUCGUGCCGGCGCGGCGCUAUUUAAAGUUAUAUAUCGCGCCCCCCUCCCCAUUCCCAUAGAUCUGAUCCUCUGAUUGAUGUUCGACUGGACCCCGACCUCUCGGCUCGCAAUGCUUUUUGGUGUUUUCGUUUGUCUACCAUCCCACCUCCGCGCCUCACGAGAUCUCCGACUCGGAUGGCGUUAGCCGUCUCCUAAACCUAGCCGCAGCUCGUCCGCUCCCCCGCGCGAGAGGCGCAGCGCCGGGAGCGGCGGCCAUGGCGACGGAUCGGGAGAAGGAGCGGGAGGCAGAGCUGGAGAGCGCCAUGUACACCAACUGCCUCCUCCUCGGCCUCGAUCUCGCCGUCCUCGGUUCCCCCUCGUCGCCCGCCGGUGGCCCCCGGGUCGGCCUCUUCCGCCACUCCAAUCCCCGCCUCGGCGAGCAGCUCCUCUACUUCCUCCUGUCUUCCCUCCGCGGCCCCGCGCAGUCCGCCAAGGACUUCGAUAAGGUGUGGCCCAUAUUCGACUCGGCGCAAUCCAGAGAGUUCCGGAAGAUCGUGCAAGGAAUCAUCAGCGAGCUGGAACAGCAGGGAGCUCUGCCACGGAGCAACUCAAGGGUAUCUUCGCUCGCCACCUGCUGUGGGCCGAGAUUUGUUGAGCUAUUGUGGCAACUCUCUGUGCAUGCCUUGAGAGAAGUCCACAGGAGAACAUUUGCUGCUGAUGUUGCAUCAAACCCGCUGCCUGCAGCACUCACAGAUGUCUCCUAUCUUCAUGCGGCUGCACUACUCCCUGUGACAAAGGCAAGGAUAGCUCUUGAGAGGCGUAAAUUUCUAAAAAAUGCAAAUAUUGCUGUUCAAAGACAAACAACCUGGUCAAAUUUAGCCCAUGAAAUGACAGCUGAAUUCCGAAGUCUAUGUGCUGAAGAGGCCUACCUACAGCAGGAGUUAGAGAAGCUUCAAGACAUGCGAAACAAAUCCAAACUGGAAGGGGAGCUUUGGGAUGAACGUAUCUCAAGCUCAUCUGGACAGAACUCCCAUUUGGUGUCUAAGGCAACUCGUUUGUGGGAAUCAAUAUUGGCUCGCAAAGGCCAACAUGAAGUUUUAGCUUCUGGACCAAUUGAAGAUCUUAUAGCACAUCGUGAGCAUAGGUACCGUAUAUCUGGAUCACAGUUGCUAGCUGCAAUGGAUCUGAGUUCAAGUGUUCCACAUUCUGAGUUACUGUCAGCUAGAGCUGGUGAAGCGUCUCCAGUUUUGGACCAAAAAGACCAGAUGUCUGCUCUUUUCCAAGGAAAAGAAGAAGCCCUAUCAAGGUUAGAUGAUAGGAAUGGACGCACGCAACAACAGACUGUUGACGUAGCUGAAAUUCUUCGCCGUUGGACUCAUGCUUUACAACGUAUUCACAAACAGUCUCUUCAUUUGGCCAAAGCAAAUGAUGGAGAUGGACCAGAACUACUCCGAAGUGCAUCUGAUAGUGAAACUAGUACGCAUGCUGAUUCAUUAACGGCAACAUUGGCUGAACAUCGUCAGCACUUAGUCAGUAUACAGGGCCUAAUAAAUCAACUCAAGGAAGCUAUUCCAGCAAUGCAGCAGUCAAUAGCAGAUCUGUCAGAGGAAGUAAAUAGCGUAUCCAGUAACCCAAUGGAUCAAAUGAUCUCCAGAUUGUCUCCGCCGAUGCCAAAUUUAGGGCUUGGAAGAUCUGAAGAAAGCAGCAGUGAACUGUCAGAGAUGACCUCCAGGCUCUCAGCUACGCAUCUUGACAAGGCUGGGAGCAGUCCUGCUCUAAAGUUACCACCUUUGUUUAGUCUGACUCCAAGUUCUUCUGGAAAAGGAUCACAGACACAAAAAAGGAAUGCAUUAGCACAACCUAGCCAAGAAAUCUUGCCUGAGGAUAAAACUCUUCCCCUUCCCUCAACUAAAGAUGAAACAAAUGGUUUAAUACAUGAAAAUGAAGGUUAUUUUGUUCAUAAUAUCAGACGAUCUGUUCGUGAAGCUGCUUUAUCAAAGCCAUUAAACAACGCAGAGAGGCCACAUGACCAGAGUAGUGAUGAUGGUUCAGAGCACUUCUUUAUACCUCUAUCAACAGCUCCUUCAAGGAAGGAGAUUGAUGGUGUCAAUAAUAGAAGAAACCAAAAACUAGGUUUUUCAUCACCACAAAUAAAGUUCCCAAAGAGCACCAGUGAUAUUCACUUCAAUGCUGACAGCACAAUGCAUGCAACUCCCGUUCUGUUGAGUAAACUGAAUGGGAAUGAUGAUCCUAGCAGUGUAACAAGCAUGCUUGAUCCAGGAAGUGCUCUGGGACAUCAGACAUUUAUGACUGAUGAUGAUGCUCUUGAUCAAGUAUUCUCUCCACCGCUGUUGUUAGAGACAUCUUUAUUUCAGGAUACAUACGAGGACUUGCUUGCUCCAUUAUCUGAAACUGAUACAGCUUUAAUGGAACACUAGGCCUCGCAUGUACAUUGUGUAAUGCUUUGACCACUGCCGUAAGCUUCAGUGCUUGACCACAGCCCGGAUGUUCUUAUGGUUUGUUUCUGACUGCCGUGGAGACAUUUUUGUUGAAUUUAUUGCUGGUCAUGUUGCUUGGCAUCUGCCACCAACUUGAGGGAUGUCUCCGUCAGGAGGGCUUUUAUUAGGAUAAGAUGGCUAUUUGAUUUGGGGGAGAGGAAAAGUGUGUUUUAGCGGGUGAUAUAGAUGUUUGUAAUGUUCCAGCCGUUGUGUGCACAGUAUGAUUCAAAAUUGUGUAUUUAGCUACAGUGUAUGUGUAUUUGUUGUAAUAAUUCGUUCUGCUUAAAAAUGUUUCUAAUG